AGAGCGUGUGAGUUUUACAGUAAACAGACUCGUUUUUUUGCACUCCGACUAUCCAUUUGCAGUCGGACGCACGGCGGCACGCAAGUUGCAGUCGCCUGCCUGCGCUGGCGACUCGCCGUGGAUAGCUUCGACUAGUGCAGCCGACGUUUAUUAUUCCGGUUGGAUCGAGGACGUUGAGCGGCUCAGCUUGAGCCGAGUUGAAGUCGUUGGUGUGGGACUCGGGCGAUCUUAAAAUUUACUAGCACAACCGGCGGCCGACAGUCGGACCCAUAGGCGAGCAAUCCUAGGCUCCGAUACUACCGCGGUAGCCGCCGAGUCCGACCUCAUCCGCAUUGCUUACAAACCAGAGUUAUGGCCUAAUGCUGGGUAUGAAAAUGUUGGCAUAAAUAUUUGCAGUCCUGGUGAAAGAUUUAUCAACAAGUUCGCGAUCGCCGGUGGUGGUUGUCCCACGGCUUUCCCGUAUAAUAAUACAAACUUCGAGAGAAAGUGAGACUUUCGCAACUGAAACGCGUCUCCCGAACACGGCCCGUCUCCCUCGCUCUCUAUCGGGUCAGCCACUCAAGUCGCCAUUGCUCAAAUUGCAAACAAGCGGUGAGAGUACUGUACCAACAUGACGAACUCGCUGCCUGCGUGCACGGGCGUCUUUAUGCGCGCGCACUGCCCGCACCCUCGGCUUUUCGAGGAGGAAUAUAAGCGGUGAGUAGCCACAGCACACGACCGUCAGCUGGGGUCGCGAAAUACUUAGAGGGCCGUCGUCAGCGCCACCAGCUGAUCUUCCCAGGCUGCACGCGCACCACGUGCGCGUGCGCCCAAACUGGCGGCUAGUGCUUGGUCUGUUGCUUGAGUUCCUUUCGAUGUCUGACUGGCUUAUUCCCUCUAUUCUGUUGUAACGUUAUUCCACUCGCAGGAGCAACCGAAACCGAGGCACAAAGGUGUGUACAACGCGCGAUUGCGGAACAGCUUUAGUCUAGUGUUUUCUUCGAUUCAACUAGUGUGGUUCUGGAAUUCUCAUCGGUUCUUGCUAUUAUUUGCAUUAAAAAAUGCCUCCAACCUAAAAACAACAGAUCUUGCGGUGCGUUUUGAAUAAUGAUAAGCAACUCACGGUGUAUGGACGUAACAAUGCAUUCGUUUGUUGUUUUCUAGGUGCUUUCCACAUUGCUGUCCACAUCAUGUAGACAGGAGCUACUGCGGGUCGUCGCUCGAAAUCGUGUUGCGUUUCGAUAACGAGACGGAUGACCCGGCGGACGAUGGAAGUUUCAUACCAUUUGACAUCACGAACGUCGUCGUUUUCGCUCGUUUCGAGGUGGACGGCAAACCUCCCAGUGACACGAAAACGUUGCGGUACUUGCGUAGCGUCUGUCAGAGUGAGGUAAACCCAGAGGGUUCGUGGAUCGAGGGUGUGCGGCAAACAGCAGCAGACAGACAGCAAUAUUCGCAACAACUGCCUCCAAUGCGAUCAGCGAACUCUCAAGAAAAUGCACAACCCGAAUCAACAACAUUCGUACUAAACGGCCAGGCGUAUGCCAAGUGGUACUACCACUGGGGCAGCGGGGCCAACAAGGUGCAGCGCGCGACGAAGCACGUGCUUAAAGCUUACGUUUUCUACCAGACACGGGCUCAAACCCAGCAAGGAUCCGUUCACCAGGAUCAGGCUAGAGACGGAACGCUCGCGUUAAUGUGCGUGGUAACAUCUCCACCAUUUACGGUGGUCUCAUAUCGUCGCGCACCGCUGGAUGUAUCCACUGGUCUAGUAGGGUCUCGCUCUGAUGCUACAGCAUCAACGGUGCCGCAUUACGCGACGGAUACCUAUCACCCCGUUGAUCCACGAUUGCGAAGUCUUGUGCAGCACCAAAUCUCGAGAGCUUUCCAAGAGUACAACCAGCAACAACAACGGGGCUCACGUAGUGGAUCUUCGGAUGAGCCAUUGCGUUUAUUGGAUGACCAGGAUGAGAAUCGAGCCCGCAGCGAUGUUCGUGGUCCGUUUGGUCGCUAUCGGCAAUUGCAGGAGCGUGAGGGUCUUCGAUUCCGACUACUAACUCCAGAUGAUGCAGCACUCUCGGCAUCAUCAUUGCACAGUCAGAUUCAAACCAGAGGACCGCGACUCGUUUUUGACAGUAUUACAAAAUGCAGUAAUGACCACCCGCACUGGCGCGACGCGAUACAGGAUGACGACGAUGCAUUCAUAAACAAUGACAACGAAGAUGAUACUCGUGAUGAAGCAGUUCCAAAAACACUACCUCCUAGCUGGAUCACGCAAGCUGCGUCAGCCUCUGAGGUCAAAGCCUCUGGGCCAGUACAUGUAGGAAUGCCACCGUCAACAACCUACCCAGGCAGCCAUGCGGAAAAGGCUGGGAGUGUCGCUCUUCGACGAUUCAAGCAGCAACAGCAACAACUCGAAACCCACCAGCGCGAAUUGCAGCAGCUUACAGAUCUGGCUAUUGUGCACUACUUUGCAUCCCGCGUCAUGACUAACGAUGCCGCAAGUCUAGCUAAUCUGGAGAUCGUAUUUACGAUAACGAUUUCACAACACUGGCAGUACGCCUCUAACGGGGCAACGCAUCUUGCAAGGUUGCUGUUGUCCAUUGCAAAGAGCGGGAGAACUCAAGCCUCUUCUGUGGCUCGGAGCAAUCCCGAGCGCGAUCAGUUGAUGCUUGCGAUGGCAGAAGUAUGCGUUUGGGCCUUCUCACCUGAGAACAUCGAGUUAGUGCAAAGUUUGUUGGCUGCGUGUCACCCGUUGCUGCUUGAGAACGUCAACUCCCGCGGAUCUGUAGUUGAUGGAGCGGAACUCCGUGAGGCGUACUUGGAUAGUGCUGGGCGUUGUUGGAGUGCUUUGGACCGAUUCCUGCAGACGCCGAGGGCGACUCAGACAACGAUCCGUAGCGUGCGUAGAUUGAGCGAUGCUGUUUUGGGCGUCGUCUACAGCGAUCCAGAGCUGGAAGGACUACGCUCUGGAUUGAGAAGCAUGCUUCAACGACCCACGAUAGUUCUCGAAGAUAGCAAGGAGAAUGUUCCUGCAGGUUCGGACGCUAAUGACUCAGUUAUCCCACGUUGCAAUCUCGCAGGGUGGCAAAGCUUCGUGGCUCAAGUGCGAGAAGUCUAUCUGAGAAACCAGUAUUCGGGGAGUGGGCCCAUGGAGGUGGCGAGCCAGUGGACAGCAGACUGGUUGCUACUGCCAGAUAGCCUAUCGGUCUCCCCUUACGUGGCACAUUCGAGAAGCGAUGACAAUUUCAUGCAAACAGGGGGGUUGUCAGACCAGGAUGUACCUUCAAUGUGGACAUCGUGCCUAGCGCUAUCGCAACUACUGCAUCUGAAGCUUGCCGUCGCUGGAGAUCCGGUGCAUACUCUUUACGUGCGUAUAGCACUAAGCUCAACGCACUUUAAAGUCCAUUUGUUUGCCUAACCUAAAAUUUAUGCUGCGUCUUACGUAGAUGCAAGCGGAGCCAUCCGUGCUGUCUCGACAUAACGCGUGGCUACGACUUAUUUGCGAUGGCCGGGUUCGAGUGGCUCCAGUUACUCCCAACGGCUUAACAAGCUUGCUGGGCGGCGCUUCUUGUGGCUUUGGGGGUGACUAUGUAGCGUAUCGUCUAGAGCAGCAAGAACCAUCGAAUUAUUCAAUUUGCUUGGAGUUUUACUGGUGGCCAGUUGGGAAAACCCCAUCUGAUCGAGUUAUCGCAUUCCGAAGCACCAUGACAUUGAAGACGACAACCAACGGCGCGUUCCUGGAAGUGCGUUUGAAUCUGGAGCGAGGCAUCGUGGACCACCAGACUGUCGUGGCGGCGGAGUUUCCUGAGCUGGAGCUUUGGUCACCAACUGAACGAGUUCAGGCCGUCGAUAUCUGGGAGCCCUGGCUCUCGAUCGAGGGUGUUUACGCGAGGAAAUGAGGAAGUUGAAGUGCAAAGCGCGACUACCAAAAGUGUUUUUAUUUGUUGCUCACGGCUUCGCUAUUGUCCAAGAUAUUGCCCACCGUGUUAACUGGAGCAAAGCUGGAUCCAUCACCGGUGGAUGUCAUAGCGUACGUAUACAUGUAGAAGUCGCGCUUCACGAAUCAAUGUGAAAUCUCGAGAAUAAAAAAAAACAAGUAGGGAGCGUACAUAUAUGUCUGAACCUUUGGAGAAGAACUUGCGAACGAAGUAUUGUCCUGGAGGAAUGUUAGAAAUAGCGCCUGUAUUAUGUGCUUGAUUCAAUUUGAAUCGCUCAAAUUGUAACAGAAAACGAUUUUAGUGCACGGAACACUUCACUAA